AUGAGGCCCUCAGCCGUCGCCGUAGCCUUGCUGUCAGCCAGCCGGGGCUGCAGCGCGAUUGCCCUAAGGGGGCGCCCCAACACGCUCCUGAACACCGGCACAACACCGAGGUCAUUGCUGCAGAACGUGGUGACCUGGGAUGAGCACUCACUCUUCAUCAACGGGGAGAGACUCAUGAUCUUCAGCGGAGAAUUCCACCCGUUUCGGCUCCCUGUUCCCUCGCUCUGGACAGAUGUGCUCGAGAAAGUCAAGGCCCUCGGCCUCAACGCUGUCUCCAUCUACAUCGAUUGGGCGCUGCUCGAGGGCAAGCCUGGCGAGUUCAGAGCCGAGGGUGUCUUCGAUUACGAUGCCUUCCUGAGCGCCGCGAAGCAGGUCGGCCUCUAUGUCAUCACACGCCCCGGUCCAUAUAUCAACGCAGAGGCCUCAGGAGGCGGGUUUCCAGGCUGGCUUCAGCGAGUCAAGGGCCAUCUGAGGACCAGCGACUCGGACUAUCUUGCUGCCACCGACAACUAUGCCUCAAAUAUCGGAAAAAUCAUCGCCAAGCAUCAGAUCACCAAUGGCGGCCCUGUCAUUCUGUAUCAGCCCGAGAACGAGUACAGUGGUGCUGUUGGUGUGACCUUCCCGAACGCCGAUUACAUGCAAUACGUCGAGGAUCAGGCUCGCAAGGCCGGAAUCGUCGUCCCUUUCGUUUCCAACGAUGCAAGUCCUGGUGGUCAUAAUGCUCCUGGGACGGGCAAAGGCGCUGUUGACAUCUAUGGGCAUGAUGGAUACCCGCUGGGCUUCGACUGUGCCAAUCCCAAUACCUGGCCCGCUGGAGCGCUGCCGACAAACUGGCACGUCACCCAUGAGAGUCAGAGCCCGUCGACGCCGUACACCAUUCCUGAGUUCCAGGGCGGUUCUUUCGAUCCCUGGGGCGGUUGGGGUUUUGACCAAUGCUACGAACUCAUCAACCACGAACAGGAGAGGGUCUUCUACAAGAACAACUACGCCGCCGGAGUUACGAUCCUCAGUCUCUACAUGAUCUUCGGUGGGACCAACUGGGGUAACCUUGGUCACCCAGGCGGGUAUACGUCGUACGACUACGCGGCGCCAAUCAAAGAGGACCGUACCUUGACGCGGGAAAAGUACUCGGAGCUCAAGCUGGAAGCUCAGUUCCUCAAGGUCUCUCCCGGAUACCUCACAGCGACUCCCGGCAACAGCAGCGUGACCGGUGUCUAUAGCCCGAGCACAAGCGUGAGCAUCACGCCUCUCAUUGGAACCAACGGCUCGUUCUUCGUCGUCCGCCACACCGACUACCAGUCUACCGAGUCAACAUCGUACACGCUCAAUCUCCCCACAUCUGCUGGCAACAUCGCGAUCCCGCAGCUGCGUGGCUCCUUGACGCUCGGAAGACGCGACUCGAAGAUACACGUGACGGACUACCCUCUUGGCGACUACUCUUUGCUCUACUCCACCGCCGAGAUCUUCACCUGGAAGAAGUUCGAGGACAGGACGGUGCUGAUUGUUUACGGUGGUCCCAGCGAACAGCAUGAGCUCGCCGUCAAAUCGUCAGCUAAGAGGUGGAAGGCCGAUUCCGGCCUGACGGUGGCCGCCAAGAAUGGUAGUAUCGUUGUGAACUGGCAGACGACCACGGAGAGACGGAUCUUCCAGGUUGACGAUCUCCAAGUCUACAUCGUGGACCGCAAUUCUGCGUACAACUACUGGGUGCCUGACAUCUCGGCGUCGUCCUCCGUGAUCGUCAAUGGAGGCUACCUCAUCAGGUCCGCAUCCGUUUCCAAAGCUACGCUCAGCCUGAGAGGCGACUUCAACGGCACAUCCACAAUCGAGCUCAUUGGUGUUCCCAAGGGAGUGUCCAGUCUCACGCUCAACGGCGCCGUUUUGCCGCAUGUGAAGAACGCCCAAGGCAACUGGGAGAGCACCGUGCGAUACGCCAAGCCUGCCCUUCCCAUCCCAGAGCUCGCGAAGCUCGAUUGGAAGUACGUCGACUCCCUCCCCGAGAUCAAAGCCGGCUACGACGACUCCAGAUGGGUCACAGCCGACCACAAGACGAGCAACAACACAGUACAGCCCCUCCGCACGCCCACCUCGCUCUUCGCUAGUGACUACGGUUUCCACACCGGCGCGCUCCUCUACCGCGGCCACUUCACCGCCUCGGGCAGCGAGAAGUCCCUCUACAUCUCCACCCAAGGCGGCAGCGCAUUUGGCUCCUCGGUGUGGCUGAACGACACCUUCCUGGGCAGCUGGACCGGCACCGACGCCUCCUCGGCCCACAACGCGACCUACACGCUGCCCAACCUGGCCGCCGGCAAGCCCUACGUCCUCACCGUGCUGAUCGACAACAUGGGCCUCGACGAGAACUGGGUCGUCGGCCCCGACGAGAUGAAGCACCCGCGCGGCAUCCUCGACUACGAGCUGACCGGGUCGUCCGACUCGGCGAUAACCUGGAAGAUCACGGGGAACCUGGGCGGCGAGGACUAUGCGGACAAGACGCGCGGACCGCUGAACGAGGGCGGCCUGUUCGUCGAGAGGCAGGGGUACCACCUGCCGGACCCUCCGCUGCGGGACUUCGCGCCGUCUGGCGGACCAACUUCCGGCUUGGAUAAGCCCGGCGUGGCGUUCUACGCCGCGCAGCUGGACCUCGCCCUGCCCUCGGAGACGUGGGACAUCCCGCUCUCGUUUGUGUUUGAGAACAACACGGCGAAGGCAGGCGGCGCGUACAGGGCCUGGCUGUACGUCAACGGGUUCCAGUUCGGGCGGUAUGUGAGCAACGUCGGGCCGCAAACUGUCUUUCCGGUUCCCGAGGGCAUCUUGAACUAUAAGGGGAGCAACUGGAUUGGUCUGGCGGUCUGGGCGCUCGAAUCCGGUGGCGCGAGGGUGCCGGGCUUUACGCUCCAGGCUGCGAACCCGGUGAUAACCGGCAGAGACAAGGUUCAGGUUGUUGAUGCCCCGAGAUGGCAAGUUCGUCGGGGCGCUUAUUAG